CACACACACACAGAGAGAACAAAAAAAUGACAAAUAAACUUACUUUUCCGUUAAGGAAAGGCCUGGAAUACUAAGGAGGCAACAAAUAAUUAGUCUACAUACUGGAAUACAAAGGGAACAGAAGUUCGAACUAGCUAGAGAUGUAACACCUGUUGUAGCUGCAGGGCCAGUCCUUGCUGUUCUGCAGCCCUAGCUGAGACCCCCAAAAAUGCUAAACUAGCAUAGUCCCAGUAAGCAAAAUUACGUUGAAAAGACACUUAAAAAACAUAAUCCCCAGACAUUGACGUUAUGUUAAAUGUAGGUUCUGAGUGGCAUUUUCCAGGAUGUUGCAAUCAGGGUCAUUUUUGGUUCUUAAUGAAAGUUGAAAAUACUAUGUUAGGGCCAAAUCAAGGCUGGUCCACACAGGACACAAUCUGAAUAAAACAGUCGUCUAUGAUUGGUUCAGAUUUGGUCUGGACCUGCCCAGAAAUUAAGGCCGGUCCAGACUGCACCAUAAAAAAAGUCAAGUGCGUCAAAGUGUUACUUCAAAUUGCAUUUUAUGAACGCCCAUCUAUGUGUUAAGCCCAGUGUUGCCAACUCCCCAGUAAGGACAGUAGAUAAAUGACGGCAUCACCUAAUUUGCAUAAUCGGCCAUGUGCAAGUAAUUGUGAUGGACACUGUAGGAGAGAGAAAAACUACUGCGACCAAACCACACAUACCUUGGAACUCCCCCCCCACAACAUCAGCUUUCCCCUUCCCAUCAUCAGCUCUCCCCUUCCCAUCAUGGCUACCUCUAUGGACCAGUCCACUCUUCUAGAAGACGAGCUCACCUGUCCCGUGUGCUUGGACCUGUUCAGGGACCCCCACCUGCUGCCCUGCGGCCACAACUUCUGCCUGCUGUGCGUCCGCCGGCUCAAACGCCAAGCGGAGCGAGGCCGCUUCCGUUGCCCCGAGUGCCGAGAGAGCCACCGCUGCUCCACGGCCUCCCAGAAGAACUUUAAGCUCGCCAACAUCGCAGACGACUUCCGCUGCAGGGGACGGGCAGUAUCGUCAAGACAACAACAACCAGACGGCAGCCCGACAAKAGCCYAGACCCCCGUGUCCGUGCCGUGUGACUACUGCUCUCCAGGGGACACUAGRGAGGCYGGGAAAGGGGAACCUGGGGCUGGAGUGGUGGUAGAGGUAGCGGUCAAGACGUGUCUGAAAUGCGAGGUGUCCAUGUGUCAGGAGCACGUGAAGCCCCACCUGGAGCUGCCUGCGUUUAGGGAGCACCCCCUGACUGAACCCCUGGGGGACCUGAGGAAGAGGAAGUGUCCCGAACACGAUGAGAUGUACCGCUACUACUGCAUGGACGACCGGGUGUGUGUCUGCAACGCCUGUACCAUCGAGGGGAGCCACGCCGGACACACCAUCAAGACCCUGAAGAACACUAUGAAGGAUCUGAAGGGCUCUCUGGAGAACCAGCUACAGAAGGUGGACAGGAAGCUGAACAAAGCAGAGAAAAAUCUCCAGGAGCAGAAYGAACAAGAACGACUGAACAAGAGGUUCCUGGAGGACUCAGACCAGCGGGUCACAGCCUUGGGGGAGGUGUUACAGGUCCACCUGGAGGGCUUCCUCACCUCCCUCAGGGACUGUUCCUGCUCCCACGGGGUCGAGUGUGGCCCCAGCAUCCAGCGGAACAUAGCCAAGGCGGUCCAGGACCAGUCCCGUCUGCAGGAUGUCCACAGUGGCAUCCAGACCCUCGCCCAGGAGAACGACCCCUUCCGCUUCCUGGAGGCGUACAAGUCAUCAAGCAAAAAUUUCUGCAGGCAGUUGAAGAAGCCUCUGUUCCACCCAGAAUGCGCUUGCGUGGACUCAGACGGCCUGGCCGAGUCCAUGGAGGCUAAACAGGAAGACUUCCUCACUGAAGUACACUCUCACGUCUCUCACCUCAUCAACGAGCUCUGUCCCGUAGUCCGGGAAGAGGAGGACAGCGGAGGAGAGGAGGAGGAGGAGGAUGAAGAUGGUGACGACAGCAGUGAUSGAGAUGAGCAAGAAGAAGCUGAGGAGGAGAUGAGGAGUGAGGAAGAGGAGGCUGUACACGACCAGAGUGAGUCAGCAGACGAACUUUACAGUCCCGAAGGGCAGGAAGACGAGGAGGAGGAGGAAGAAGAGGAGGAGGAAGAAGAGGAGAUUCAUUCAGACUGAUGAAAUUACUUCCAUUUAAGUCUGAUUUUCAGUCAAAAAGUCAUGCAUUGAUGUCAGUGGGAGAAUGUGUGAAAAGGCUACUUUGGAUUUUUCCAUAAAUUACCAAAAGAACAAUUUUGGGAAACAUUGUAAAUAUUAUACAUCAAUCUUUAGAAGAUGAGCUGUUUGAGUGCAUAUGGCACCCUAUUUCUUAUAUAGUGCACUACUUUCGACCAGGGCCCUAUAUAGGCAAUAGGGUGUCAUUUGGAACGUAGACAAUUUUUAUACUUAUUUUUAUACAAGAUUAUACUGUAAUAACUAAACACUUGAAACUGGGCUCCUCAUUCUAACCUCAUACGUUUUUUGUUGUUGACUAAAGCACUUUAUGUGCCCAACCUCUCUUUUGUAGACCUGGGUUCAAAUAGUAUUUGAUUUAUUAUUAUAAUUUUUUUUUUCAAAUACUUUUCUGCGUUUGCUUUGUAAUGUAAUAUAGUUUUGGAUCUAUUCUAUUGCUUCCAUUAAGCCAGGCAAGCUUGAUCAAGCACUGCUAGAAGUAUUUGUAAUAAUUUCACCUAGUAUUUGAACCCAGGUGCGGGCUGUAUUAUACAUCCAGGGAAAGCCACAUCUUAAGUAUUUAUUUWGAUUCUCAGGAAGAUGUAUUAUAAGGUGUUUAUUAUUUGAUGGCACUUUGAUAAAUAAUAUUGAAAGGUAUUGCACUGAYCACUUGCAGAAAUGUAUGUCUUCMUAAACUACAAUGGGCUACCUGACUAAUUAUACACCAUUAGUGCAUUUAGUUAGCAUGGUCCCAGAUCUGUUURUGCUGUCUUGCCAGCUCCAAUAUGAAUGACCAUCAUAGUUGRCAAGACAGCAGAAAUGGAUCUGGGUCCAGGCUAGCAUUUAGGUGUUCAUGUGUAACCAGACAAAUGUGAGUGCAUAUCCUGACUUAAUUCUGUUUGAUGUGAAUUUUAUACCAAUGAMAGUUAGAUGAUAGAAGACUUGUGGAUGAGUGUGUGAAGCGUGGGUGUGUUUUUCAAAAGCUGUUUGAAAUUUAUGUAAAAGUUGGUGAGCUAUAUGUUUAUCAGUCUAUCGUUUAAUAAUUAAUUGUUCUUAUGGUAUUAUGUUUCAUCAGUUGCAUACCUGGGUUGUAUUCAUUAGGCACCAAAUGGGGGGGGGGGGGG